CUAUGUAUGUAUGUAUGUAUUCAAACAAAACUGUAUCUAUAUAAAAAGAAACAAAGCAAUAGACCUCUGAGUUUCUAGUUGCACUCUGUAGCCAUGGCUUCCAAUGCAGCUCUUGCUUCCACAAGAAUCCCAACCAUCACCAGGCUUCCCUCCAAAUCAUCAAUCUCAACCUCUUUUCCAUCCCAAUGUUCCACUAAGAGAUCAGAAGUAGCCGAAUUCUCUGGACUACGAUCAAGUGGGAGUGUGACAUUCGCUAAGUAUGUCAAGGACUCAUCCUUCUUUGAUGCUGUCUCUGCCCAAUUUACCACCAAGGCUGCAGUAUCAGGAGCUGUUAAGGUAGAGACAGUUGCAAAAUUGAAGGUAGCAAUCAAUGGAUUUGGACGUAUUGGCCGAAACUUUCUCAGGUGCUGGCAUGGACGCGUAGACUCCCCACUAGAAGUCGUGGUGGUCAAUGACAGCGGUGGUGUCAAGAAUGCUUCUCACUUGCUUAAGUAUGACUCUAUGUUGGGUACCUUCAAAGCUGAUGUUAAGAUUGUCGAUAAUGAGACAAUCAGUGUUGAUGGUAAGCCGAUCAAGGUUGUUUCUAGCCGAGACCCUCUUAAGCUCCCAUGGGCUGAACUUGGUAUUGACAUUGUUAUUGAGGGAACCGGGGUGUUUGUGGACGGGCCAGGUGCUGGCAAGCACAUCCAAGCCGGUGCUAAGAAAGUCAUCAUCACUGCACCCGCCAAAGGUGCUGAUAUUCCAACAUAUGUCAUUGGUGUUAAUGAGACAGAGUAUGAGCAUGAUGUUGCCAACAUCAUGAGCAAUGCUUCUUGCACUACCAACUGCUUGGCUCCUUUCGCAAAGGUCUUGGAUGAAGAAUUCGGUAUCGUGAAGGGAACAAUGACCACAACUCACUCCUACACCGGAGACCAGAGGUUAUUGGAUGCUUCACACAGGGACUUAAGGAGGGCUAGAGCCGCGGCAUUAAACAUAGUCCCAACAAGCACUGGUGCGGCCAAGGCUGUGUCGUUGGUCUUGCCCCAACUCAAGGGCAAGUUGAACGGCAUUGCACUUCGUGUCCCUACCCCUAAUGUGUCUGUCGUCGACCUUGUGAUCAAUGUGGCUAAAAAGGGCCUCACCGCGGAAGACGUUAAUGCGGCUUUCCGGAAAGCGGCCGAUGGUCCAAUGAAAGGAAUCUUGGCUGUUUGCGACGAGCCACUAGUGUCAGUUGACUUUAGGUGCUCCGAUGUUUCGACAAGUAUUGACUCGUCGUUGACCAUGGUCAUGGGUGAUGAUAUGGUUAAGGUUGUCGCUUGGUAUGACAAUGAAUGGGGAUAUAGUCAACGUGUGGUCGACUUGGCACAUCUAGUGGCGGAAAAAUGGCCAGGGGCUGCCGUAGCUGGAAGCGGAGACGCAUUGGAGGAUUUUUGCAAGACGAACCCAUCCGAAGAAGAGUGCAAAGUUUAUGAAGCUUAAUUCUUUUGUUGUAUGUAUAAUACUUUCACUCUUUAGAGCAUCGUCGUUAUGUAACAUCAUGGUGAUUUAUCUUUGUAUGAUUGACAUUCGAACGACCUCGAAAUUUUAUUUCAAAUUUUAAUUUCGUGGUAACGAAAACGAUAUAUACUUAUAUAUUCGAGAAUAAUUGAAAAGCUCAUUUUAUUGUUCA